AUGAGGUAUUCGCUGUUCCUGGCCAUUGCUCUACUCGCAACGGCGGUAAAAUGUCGAAAUUUGUCGCAAGUCGUGCAAACGAACAAAGGGCCUGUUCAAGGUGUCGUGCUGAAGACUGCAUUUCAUCAAAAAUCCUAUUCUACCUUCUUCGGGAUUCCCUACGCGAAACCACCAGUAGGCGAACUCAGAUUUAAGGCCCCGGUUGAAGCAGACUCGUGGACAGACGUGAUAAAUGCUACACAGGAGAGUCAAAUGUGCCCGCAACUUGUAAAUCAAUCAGUUGCUGGAGACGAAGAUUGUUUGUACCUGAACGUAUACACACCUUUGGAUUUCAAUAGUAAUAUACAGGCGCUGAAACCGGUGCUGGUUUAUAUAUACGGUGGUGCUUUCCAAACGGGAAACGAUGGAAAGGCUAUGUACGGACCUGAUGGGUUCUUGGAGAAAGAUAUUGUCAUGGUCGACAUGAACUACCGUGUCGGUGUUUUAGGAUUCCUGGCAUUGGGAGUCCCCGACGCGCAAGGAAAUCAAGGUCUGAAGGAUCAAAACUUGGCUCUGCAAUGGGUGCAAAAGAAUAUCGCCAGAUUUGGCGGUGAUCCUAAUCGAGUGACUUUGAUGGGUCAGAGUGCUGGUAGCGCGUCAGUGACGUACCAGGUCUUGUCCCCGAAAUCUCGCGGUUUGUUCCAACAGGCCAUAACUCAAAGUGGCACUGCUCUGUGCUCGUGGGCGUACAAGACGCCAACUUUUGCUCUUUGGAACGCCUAUGAGUUAGGCAGACGGAUGAACAUGACUGUCCGCAGUACCUCCGAGCUACUGACUAAUCUGAUGAACGUCAAUGCCACGGACCUCGUAAUGAUUGGCUCGGCCAUGUCAUACAUGAAUCUACCGAUUCCAAUUAACAUAGCGUUCGCGCCUACGUCCGAAGUAGGGGGCAAUGUUCAAGAUCCGUUCCUGACCGACUGUCCUGCGUCGUACUUCGAAUCUGGAAACUUCAGUCACAUACCUGUUUUGAUGGGUUACAUGUCUAACGAGACCAUUUUGUUCUCGACUGGCUUAGAUUUCAAACGACAGGCACUCCAAGACAAAUUACAAGGUCUCACUAGCCUAUUGGAUCCAACCGGUGUGAACGAUCUUCUCUUACGUACAGUAAACUCUAUCGUAAACAGCACCGAAUGGGAACUCAUAAAGGCCUCGACUUUGUAUUAUUUCAAAUCGCCCAUCGAUCUCAUGCAAAGAUACUUCGCUAAGUAUAACGAGGACAAACCCGUCUACUAUUAUAGUAUGUCGUACAGUUCGCAGUACAGCGACCACAGACGAUCCGACCCGAACAUAAACGGCGCUGCUCAUGGCGACGAUCUUCCUCUGUUGUUCCUGAUGGACGGCUAUCCCACCAAUCCCAAUAGUACAUACAAUAAAUAUUGCGAUAGAGUCAAUUCGUUGUGGGCGAACUUCGUCAAAUAUGGAAAUCCCACUCCACUGAAUUCCGACCAGAAUAGCACAUAUUGGGCACCUUCGGGACCAAAUGGAUACCAACUGGAUAUCGGAAACGAACAAUUUGUAAUGAACAACCGUUUGUUGACUUCGAGCGACGAACUCGUUCAGAAGACGUAUUACUUUGGCUUACCUGCCGUCACUACCUGUCAGAAUUAUCCCAUAAACGUUACAAGACUGUUUGAAUAG